CUGUCGGCUCAGCUGCUUUGGCAGACUAUGAUACCAUUGCGAGUUUAGUAAGCGAACCAGACGACCUGGGCGAGGCACCCGCCGAGCAGUCCCAAGAACAUAUUCAAUAUUUGACCAUGGUCGGCGACCGAGACAUGAUACUUGAACAGCUCUUGGAUCUUCGAAACGAGCAUACGCAACUUGUCGAAGAGCAGAACUGGAGAGCUCAUUUCGGCCUCAGCCUGGACGAGGACUCGUUGCAUUUUCUAAAAUCCUUUGGAGGACAAGAGCAGGCACUCCUUGACGAACUAGAGUAUGCGGAACUAGGCUUGGAGGCCUUGAAACAGCUCCAGGCAGACGGUGAAGCUCUGGCAGUCUCAAAAGAAGCUUCCGAGCGUGAGCCAGAUGAGGAUGAAGCCGCAAUGAGGGAUUUUGAGCGGACCAGGCCGUCGAGCCAGGCCAUUUCCCCGCCUGCCCGGAGAUUGGUGCAAAGUCCGCUCUAUCAAGGGAUUCUGCACCGCAAAAUCAGAUUGGUGGAUCACCUCCGUGGUCCAGAUAUAAUACCAGUGGACCAUGGCGACUUCAUCAAUGCGUGGCUCCUGCACCGAUUGCAAUCUCUGCCUCGACUGCUCGGCGAGUACAUUUCACUCAUCGAGACACAAUACGGCGACGACGUCGAAGCUGAUGAUUUGGAACAUCUGUUUCUGGAGAAGUGGUUUAACGACUCCUCGGCAGCCGAUUUUGCGAAACAUCUUAAAGCAAACCUCGCAGAGUCGGCAGAUUUGGUGCAGCGAAGCCUUUUGGCCACUGCCAUCCGCCCAACGUCUGCAAGGCUGCUGAGGAUGGGGCCUUCGACGACCGUACAAGACAUCAUAGACCAGGCGAAAGGGCAGUAAGUGUUCAACCGAGCCUCUACCGCAAAAUAGCGAAAGCCUUCAACAAGGCGACCGAUAUGGGACCGCCCCUUACUUCUCAGCUUCCUGACGACGUACCGCCAUCGGCACCCUUAUCCAAGUCUCCCCCGAGGAGAGAAUAAAAUGGUGCAGGGUCAUGUUGCUCUCGUGAAGUCGGAACGGUAGGCCGGGUUCGUUACAAGAUAGGAACAUUAGAUAGGGAGAGCCCUAAGCCUCGCCAACCCUGCCAAAACCUUAAUGAUGAGGACUAUGUUCUAAUUGUCUAUCUCUCGCAGACGAGGACAUUCGAUAAGAUGUCUCAGGAAGGUGAGAUAUCUAGGGUGUCCCUAUUCACCUCCAUAUCAUUGAAACUCUAUGGCUAUACUGAGCUAUGACACGCCUAGACCGGCGGAAACGGUAACAGGUAGACGAAGGAGUCGCU